UUGUAAAAUAUAUAUAUAGUUUAGAUAAAAAUUAGUUACCUCCUGGUAAUAGUAAUAGUAAUAAUAAAUAUUAAUUAUUAUUAGUAAUUAUAAUAUUAGAGGUUUUUUAAAAAAUGUCUACAGUUCCUCCAUUAUACGAUGAUGUUCUUGACCUCAUUGGUAACACUCCAUUAAUUAAAUUAAAUAAAAUCCCACAAUCACUUGGUAUUAAAGCUAAAGUAUAUGCUAAAGUUGAAUUAUUUAAUGCUGGAGGUUCUAUUAAAGAUAGAAUUGCCAAAAAUAUGGUAUUAGAAGCAGAAAAGCAAGGUAGAAUUAAACCUGGUUAUACUUUAAUUGAACCAACUUCAGGUAAUACUGGUAUUGGUUUAGCACUUGUUGGAGCUGUUAGAGGUUAUAGAACAAUUAUUACUUUACCAGAAAAGAUGUCUAAUGAAAAAGUUUCUGUAUUAAAAGCUUUAGGAGCAGAAAUUAUUAGAACUCCAACUGAAGCUGCUUGGGAUGCUCCAGAAUCUCAUAUUGGAGUUGCAAAGAAAUUAGAAAAGGAAAUUCCAAAUUCUGUUAUUUUAGAUCAAUAUUCUAAUGUUGCUAAUCCAGAUGCUCAUUAUUAUGGUACUGGGUUUGAAAUUUGGGAACAAACUAAAGGUAAAGUUACUCAUUUAGUUGCAGGUGCUGGUACUGGUGGAACUAUUUCUGGUAUUUCUAGAUAUUUAAAAGAACAAAAUCCAAAAGUUCAUGUUACUGGUGCUGAUCCAAAGGGUUCUAUUUUAGCUCAACCAGAAUCUUUAAAUACUUCUACUGAUGGUUAUUUAGUUGAAGGUAUUGGUUAUGAUUUUAUUCCGGAUGUUUUAAAUAGAAAAUAUGUUGAUGAUUGGAUUAAGACUGAUGAUUCUGAAUCAUUUAAAUUAGCUAGAAGAAUUAUUAGAGAAGAAGGUAUUUUAGUUGGUGGAUCUUCUGGUUCUGCUUUACAAGCUGCUUUACAAGUUGCUAAAGACUUAACUGAAGAUGAUAUUGUUGUAGUUGUAUUCCCAGAUUCAAUUAGAUCUUAUUUAUCUAAAUUUGCUGAUGAUGAAUGGAUGAAAACUAAUGGUUUUGAAGUUGAAGAAUCCAAUUCUGCUAAUAACAAAACUGAUGAUGUUUUAUCUAAAAAGACUGUUAGAGAUUUGGUUGCUGGUAAAGCACCAGUUGUUACUGUUACUUUAUCAGAUACUGUUAGUAAAACUUUUGAAUUAUUACAAAAGAAUGCUUUUGAUCAAUUACCAGUAUUAAAUAAUUCCGGUAAAUUAGUUGGAUUAAUUACUUUAUCCAAGAUUUUAAAAUCUUUAUCAACCAAAAAGAUUCAAUUAACUAAUUCUAUUAGUUCAAUCAUUAUUGAUUUUAGAAAAUUAGCUGAUUUUGAAAAAUCAUUUACUAUUACUAAAGAAUCAGGAUUUGCAAAGAGAAAAUAUUCUCCAAUUACUUUAGAUACUCCUUUGAACUUAUUAAAUAAGUUUUUUGAAACUAAUUCUAAUGCCAUUAUUACUGACGAACACUUAGAACCAGUACAAAUUGUUACUAAAGUUGAUUUAAUUUCUUUCUUAACAAAAAGUCUUUAAACAUGUUUAGAUAAAUAGAACAAAAAUUAAGUAACGAAACAAAUAUAGAAAUAAUCUUAACAUACA